UCCUGACAGGGCCACAAAAUAAAGGCCCUCAUUGUGUGAAACUGAGCUGUCCAAAUAACUGUAGUUUCAUUUUUCCAAAGUGCCAGACCUUCACACAUGGCACUGAAUUAGUGCAGAGAAGACCUUUCUAAAUCAAACUGCUUUUUUUUAGAUUGCACCAUCAAGCUUGGGAUUCAGAAAUAAUCACUGCAUAUUAUGACUUAAGACAUUAAUGGAUUUGCCAACCUGAUAGAACAAAUGCCAAAACUGUGGAGGAAGUUAAGCUGCACAGAAUACUCUGGUGUCAAUGUAAUUUACUUAUUCCAAGUAAUAAUUGUAAGUUUUCUGGAUUUUCAGUUAUCUGUGAUUAUAUUUGAUAUGUUUUGUUUGUGUUAAAUCUUUCAAUUUAAUUCAAUUUGUGAUCUAGAUGCCAACGGAGCAUCUUACUUUAAAAUACUUCAAUGAAAACAUCACGUAAUUCUCAUUAAGACUGAAAACUUCUUGAUUUUGCCUCUGCUAGAUGAAUGAUGGGUAGUGCCAUUUCAAGUUGCUAUGUGUAUCCACUUGAAGGUCUGGAUUACUGUGGUAUGCAUGAACCGUGUUUCACACCAGGAGACAUUUCAUUGUGAGGUGAUUUCCAUUGUUACCAAGCAACAAAAAGCUUUCGGCUUGUUCAGUAGCUCUGAUCUUUUUGUGCCAUACUUGAUAAAUGUAUUUUCAGGAAAGAAUUCACUACUUAAGCCACUGCCUUGAUCUUUGAAGUUUCUAAGUACUGAUCUUCUGGAGGAUGACCUCUAGCUUUACUGUGGUUUUUUGUCCAGGACUUCAGAAACUUGGAGAAACAGGAGUGAGUGGCGUCUUUUAAGUGUACUGCCACAUAAAGAUGAUAGAACAGAUGACCAUGGUUUCUCCUGGAGCUGAAAGGCAAGCAAAUGCCUUUAAAAAGUCUACCUUGUCAGCUGAACCAGUUCACAAGAUGGAUCGCCAACAGUAUCGAAGUCUGUUAAAGAAGAUGUGCAUGCCUGUUGUGAGAGGUCCUGAGAACAGACAUAACUUUGCCAGCUUUGAAGAGAAAAAUAGUAAUUCUUUCCUUAAAUUCAAUCCAUUAACCCCUGCAGAAGGGCCAAAUUACCCUUUAUUCCCACACCGGGAUGAUGUGCCAUUAGUAGACCCCUGCUCAGGUUUUGUGAGUGCAGGAGCAGAUGCGGACCUGCAGCCCAACGUUGGAAGAGCUAUUGAAUCCCUGGUGGACUAUAGUGAUGUGAAACCUCACCAACGGGUCCCCUUCCCAGCAAGGAAUGGCCUGACUAUGCACAAGAGGCACAUGGUCCUCCUGGAGGAAACCAACCAGGACAGGAGGUGGAACUCCAGGGCUGUGUCAGCUGCUUCUGUCAGGGCACAACUCGGAGGUUGGAGGACUCCAGUGAAAGUUGCUCCUGUUCUACCUGACAAACCCCAUAUUUUUGCAUUUUGUAUGGAUCCCAAUCUAAAGGACUCAAGUGAUCCUCCUACAAGAUGGAGAGAAGAAAAAGCAAAGGACUAUGUCUACAAGUCAAAUAUCCAAAAAGCUUAUGAAGAAGUUCCUUGGGACAGUAUGUUGCCUUCCAAAAUCCAGCCUCCAGAAUCAACAGUGGAAGUGUUGGCUGAUCCAGUUUCCCAGUGUUUCACACAGAAGAGAUACAAUCCUAAACCUGAAAUAAGCCAAGUUGUUGGACGCAUUUGGGACAGAUUUCAAACAAGACCUUUUCCCUCUCCACAGAGACCUGUUAAUUUUGUAAGCCAAAGCUCUCGAACCUGUCAUAUUCCUCUGUAUACUGGCUGUGUUGGUGCAGUAAAUGUUGAAGACAUUGACAAUGCUGACGUAGACUUCAUCCCGCUUAACCAUGUCCGAACUUCAAAGCCUCGCUACACAAACACUGCACACACUCCAAAUAUCCCUGGAUACACUGGCAAGGUUCAUUGGUCAGCAACCCACCCGGCAAAUUCUCAUCUUCCAUCAACAACCCCAUCAAUAAUUGCACGGAUGCAUGGAUACAUAGCAAAACAUGGAAGGUCAUCUCAGUAUAAUCACCAGGGACCUUUUUCUCAAAUAGUGACUCCAGUUAGUCCUCAAAAUGCUUUCAACAAGACAGAAAGAAAAACUACUACAGUUUAAAAAGUGUCAAUCCUUUUUACCUGCAUUACUGAGAGGAGGAAGGAAACGUGUGAAGAUAUGUGGAUACUUUAAAUACAGAACAAAAAUAAAAUAACAUGGAAGUGGAUGUCUAUGGUAGUCCUUAUUACAUUAUUCUCAUAUUGGUGUCUUACUAGUGUUGACAGUUAAAACCAUAUUAAAAACAAGAGGAAUCAUAAGUCAAAGACUUGAAACUUUCUCUCUGCACUGGAUCGCCUUGUUUACUAAGGUAGAAAAUGAUGUUGUAGCUGUUCUAUUAAUUCACAUAAACAUUUUGUGUAUAUACAUGUAUACAUGCAGACACACAUAUGUAAAUGCAUUAUUAACUAAGAAAUCAUUACAAAGUACUAGCCCUUCUCACCAGCUGUCCUGAGUGUGCCCUGCAAAGAUGGUUAAGUGUCACAGAGUGAGAUUUUAAUCUUUACCUGGUGUGGCUCUGUGUGUAGUAAAUAAAAGGAGACAGGUUUUGUUCUCUGGUCUAGAGGCUAAUUAAGACUGUGUGGCUUGCAUCCAUGCUUAAAUUCUCUUGUGCUUAAACUGAAAACAGUUAAACAGGGAAGACAGUGGGCCAGCACUUAAGCCUUUGUCUUGGUACAGUUUUAUUUUUUGGUGGUGGUGUGGACACCAUGAGGAAGUUGCAACCCUGAGAAAGAGAAGACCCAAUACAAAUUUGUAGUUCAGGAAGUUGUCUUGUGCUCCAGAGGCCAAAACAGUCCAAAUAGUGGAUUCCAGUUUGGACAGCCUGACAGUUUGCUCAGAAGUUUCUGUCCUGAAGUCUCUGGUAUUAUCCAAACAUCUAUAUUCCUGCUCCUGCUUGCUUUUCUCCAGUAGGCUUUUGAGGUGCAUUUGUGUGUAACAUAUUUGUAAGAAAUAACUUUCCCAGAGCCAGUUAAGGGCUUUCUGUGAAGGAUUAUAAAAUGCACCCAUGGCAAAAGGCCUUUUCAAGAGCAGACCAAAAGCUCAUUGGAAAUACCAAAAGGUAGGGAAUAUAAAGCACAGAGCCAGAAGGUAGCAAAUCCACAGAAAGAACUAACAUCCCUCAACAAAGGGCUUAGAUCCUCAGCAAAAAUAAUUGGAACUGAGCAUCCAAAUCCCUGACAAUGUUGAGCAAAUCUCAAUCACAGAGGAUAGACAAGCCCCUAGGGAAUGUGAGACGACAGCUAAGCAAGACAAGCACUGACACUAAGGUAUACCAUUUCUCCUAAGAAGACUAGCAGAUUGUUUAUCCUAAAGUGGAGCAAAAAGAUUCCAGUUCUUGAAAUGUCUGACCUAACACAGAAAGUAUAUCACUUUUAGCUUUCUGUAUUUCCAUCAUGCACAAAUCACUGAUACCCGAUUUUUUAAAAGAGAGGGUCUCAUCUAGUCAGUUUAUCUGGAUGCAUUCAAUUAGAACUUAGGGGUACAUAUGCAAAAUUAAAGCAUAUGUACAAGUACAACCUGCCUUUGCCUUUUGUAUUUGUCCUUUUGGGAGCUGUGCAUGUACACAAGUCAGUGAAUAUUUUUAAAUGAAAACAGAGCCUCUUUUGCAAAUUGGGUUUAUUAUUUCCUGUUCAAAUGUUAUGUAUCAUAUACAAUUAUUUACAAAUUUGUUACUGGUUACAAAGGCUGUGGCAAUACAUAUGCUUGAGAAGGAUUCCAAUUGAAUCUUUUGGAGCUCCAGCUCUGCAGUGCAGAGAGAGUGAUCUGACUUGGGUAAGAAUGUAGGAUUUGUCUUUAUGCAAUGCAAUGCAGCAUCACAGGCUGUAUCUUGUACAGAAACUUAGAUUCCAUUCAAAUUAGUGUAUGAAAACUGAUCAUAUUUUAAACCAGCAGUGGACUGAGAACAUUGAUUGCCAAGACAGGUGCCAUCGCUUGAGUAAGUUCAGAUUAGUUACUUUAUGUAUAAAAGCAUUUUACACAUGGCGUAAUUAAAGCACCAUAAUCUAAGGAGAUGGGAGCUAUAUUUAAAAUAGAGCAGGCUGUCAUCUGGAUAACUCAGCAUAGUUUUAUCUGAUUUUACAGGUUGGUUAAGAGACAGAAUCUCUACAUCUAGAGAGUGAAAGUUGUGUGUGUUAGAAAUCCUCUAGAUAAAUCAAAAUUGUAAAAAAUGUGUAAGGAUGAUUUACACUUCUCCAUACUGCUAGAUCAAGCUGAGGAAAUUUAUAAAAAAAUAAACAGUGGGGAGGAAAGGUAUUUUUUAAAGUCAGUUUCUAGUUACUUUCAGUUUCUCUGAAAACUUAAACAAAGAGCAACAAGCCCUUGGGCUUAAAGAGCAAAUGGAAAGGAAAUGCUUGUAUCCAAACUAUAAAGAAGUCCCUCAUUUCACUUAAAAUAAACUAAUUAGAGCAACAAAAAGCAUGUUUUCAACUGCUUGUCCCAUUAAGAAGUUCUUAUGAUUUUGACAAAUCUAUGUUUUGAUCUUAAAAUUAUAAGAUAGCAUUCCUUGAAACCUUGAGGGGGAAAAUUUUCAAUAUAUUGAAACAGAAGAACUUACAAACAUAGUAAUUAAAAAAUAAGUAUGUGACACAUUCUAUAUAAGGCCUAUUCCUGUUUCUGCUGGCUGAAAUAGCAUUGCUCUUGAUAAUAAAGACAGAAGGGAAUUCUUGCUGUCAGGUCAGUCCUAUAAAUAGCAGUUUCAUGUGAUUCAUGGUAUGGUGAACUGGUUAUUUUGUGGCUUUUCUAUGCUGUCCUAAAGAGAAAUAAACCCUCCCUUAGAAUAUCCUUUCACUUCAUACUGUGGCAUAUGACAGAAAGUAUAUGAUGUAAAGUAUAUGAAAGAGGGUUGCUGUUAAAGAAUCUCGGUUUUUCCUCCAGUUAGAAACCAUUGAACAAAAGCUUUAGUUCGUGGGACAACUUCUGCUUUCCAUCUGUUAAAUGCCUUGCUGAAUCAUAGAUGUUGUUAAUCUAUACAUGGUAUUCAUAAUUCAGUCAAAUUUCAAGUCACUAAAAAUCAUUUUUGGAUCUGUUCCUUUGAGUUAUGGCAUCGACACCAAGAUGAACAGGAACAGAGCUGGCUUCCGCUGUGUAGUAAAACCACUGAAAAACAAUGCUGCCAUGAGAGAAAUGGUUUCCUGGGUAGAAUUUAGUUGGUUUUCCCUUCUACAUUCUUCUAAAGGCUUCAGAAAGAGUAGUCUUCUAAAGCAGAGCAUUUACAUCAUGCAAAAAGUCACUACAUUUGCAGCUUGUUUCACAGGAUUUCUCUUUAGAACCAGCAGGCUUUGGAAGCUAAAUGAUUUGAAGUCAUUUUAUGUAAAGCAGUUGUUAGCACAGUGGCUGUGCUUUUAA